AUGCCCUUCGCUGGUCCUCCAGCUUCCACAUCGCAGGCAAAACGCACACUUACAUCCGAUUAUGCAACAACAGCCUACGCUCGCAACAAUACUGAAGAGUUGGCAGACGAGACAACUUCCGGCGUCGUUGCAACCGUGUAUCAUGGAGCCGUGAUCUUUCUCUCAACUAAGCUCCUGGUGCGUGAUGUCGAUAGCAUAACCAAAGUCACUGGGGACAUCACGGACGAACCACCGCACAAACCCCACGCACUCACGCCCACUCCUUUCAGCAAAGCGCCGGUGGCACCGCGGCCGUUCCUAGGCGAGUACCCCACCGCGGGGAACGUCGUCCUCGCCCGCCCACAACCACAUUGCGGUGCUUCGUUUCUGCUUCGCCCAACAAGUGAUACUCCGCUGGAAGAAUUUCUUGACGUUGCAACCUGCCCGAACAUCACCGGAACAUACGCUCUCCCGGUAGGUGAUAAUUAUUGA